GUGCCCAUGGAGUUGUCCACUUCAGAGGGAUAUUGUUUCAGCUGACCUUCCCACAGCUCUGCAGCGUUGUCCCUUCCAAACAUGGCAGAAAAAGCUCCCCCGGGCUUAAAUCGGAAGACUUCAAGGUCGACACUUUCCCUUCCACCAGAACCAGUUGACAUUAUUAGGAGCAAGACUUGCUCCCGCAGAGUCAAAAUCAACGUAGGGGGCCUCAACCACGAAGUGCUGUGGAGAACGUUGGACCGAUUGCCCAGGACACGCCUGGGAAAGCUGCGGGAUUGCAACACUCACGAGAGCCUCCUGGAGGUGUGCGACGAUUACAACCUGAGCGAGAACGAGUAUUUCUUCGACAGGCAUCCCGGGGCCUUCACUUCCAUCCUGAAUUUCUACCGAACAGGGAAACUUCAUAUGAUGGAAGAAAUGUGCGCCCUCUCUUUUGGCCAAGAGCUUGAAUACUGGGGCAUUGAUGAGAUCUAUCUGGAGUCAUGUUGCCAGGCCAGGUAUCAUCAGAAGAAGGAGCAAAUGAAUGAAGAACUCAGGAGAGAGGCAGAGACCAUGCGUGAGCGGGAGGGCGAAGAGUUUGAUAAUACUUGCUGCCCGGAUAAACGCAAGAAACUCUGGGACUUGUUGGAAAAACCCAACUCUUCGGUGGCUGCGAAGAUCUUAGCCAUCGUGUCAAUCCUGUUCAUCGUACUUUCCACCAUUGCUCUCUCUCUCAACACUCUCCCAGAGCUGCAGGAAAUGGAUGAAUUCGGACAACCCAAUGACAAUCCCCAAUUAGCUCAUGUGGAGGCUGUGUGUAUUGCUUGGUUUACCAUGGAGUACCUCUUACGGUUUUUAUCCUCACCAAAUAAAUGGAAAUUCUUUAAAGGGCCAUUAAAUGUCAUUGAUUUGCUGGCCAUCCUGCCAUACUACAUCACCAUUUUCCUCACAGAGUCCAACAAGAGUGUCCUGCAGUUCCAGAACGUGAGGCGUGUGGUGCAAAUAUUCCGAAUCAUGCGUAUCCUCAGAAUCCUGAAACUCGCUAGACAUUCGACAGGCCUCCAGUCUCUGGGUUUCACCCUCAGACGAAGCUACAAUGAACUCGGCUUGUUGAUAUUAUUUUUAGCCAUGGGGAUAAUGAUAUUUUCCAGCCUGGUAUUUUUUGCUGAGAAGGAUGAAGAUGCUACAAAGUUCACUAGUAUCCCGGCAUCCUUCUGGUGGGCCACCAUCACUAUGACCACUGUAGGUUAUGGUGAUAUAUACCCAAAAACAUUAUUGGGGAAAAUUGUGGGAGGCCUCUGCUGUAUCGCUGGUGUGCUGGUGAUUGCGCUUCCCAUCCCAAUCAUUGUGAACAACUUUUCUGAAUUUUACAAAGAGCAGAAGCGCCAGGAAAAGGCCAUUAAAAGGAGAGAGGCCCUGGAGCGGGCCAAGAGGAAUGGAAGCAUUGUGUCCAUGAACUUAAAAGACGCCUUUGCCCGAAGUAUGGAACUCAUAGAUGUGGCUGUCGAGAAAUCAGGAGAGUCAGCCAAUAAUGUAAAGGACUCAACGGACGAUAAUCACCUAUCCCCAAGCAGGUGGAAGUGGGCCAGGAAGGCUCUGUCGGAAACUAGCUCCAACAAGUCUUACGAGAAUAAGUACCAGGAGGUGAGCCAAAAAGACUCCCACGAACAGCUGAACAACGCGCCUUCCUCCAGCCCCCAGCAUCUGAGUGCCCAGAAAUUAGAGAUGCUGUACAACAAAAUCACUAAAACUCAGCCUCACUCCCAUCCCAACUCAGACUGCCAAGAAACACCUGAGAGGCCACCUGCGUAUGAAGAAGAGAUCGAGAUGGAAGAGGUGGUCUGUCCACACGACCAACUGGCCGUGGCCCAGGCGGACAUCAUCGUGGACAUGAAGAGCACUUCCAGCAUUGACAGUUUCACCAGCUGUGCCACCGACUUCACUGAGACAGAAAGAUCACCCCUGCCACCCCCCUCAGCCUCUCACCUGCAGGUGAGGUGCCCCCCACUCGAGCUCACAGGCACAGAAGAGCACCAAAGAGCCAGAGGCCCCUUGUUUCGAACCAGAGAGAAAGGGCCUGCGGAGGCUCCGGUGGAUAUAACUGUGAACCUGGAGGCCAGCUGCUCCCCAACUGACCCCCAAUUGCAUUCAGACAAUGCCUCGGACAGUCCCAAGAGCUCGCUGAAAGGCUGCCACCCCCUCAAGUCCAGAUCACUCAAAGUGAAUUUUAAGGAAAACAGAGGCAGUGCUCCCCAGACCCCACCCAGCACAGCCAGGCCACUGCCAGUGACCACUGCUGACAUUUCACUCACCGCACCACAGCUGAUCAGCACCAUCCUCUUAGAAGAAAAUCAGGACCAAGGAGACAGGCCACUGUUGGCCACGGAGGGGUCCACACAUUGCCAGGGACCUUCCAAAGGGCGAUUUCCCAAGCAGAAGCUCUUUCCUUUCUCAUCCAGAGAGAGGAGGAGCUUCACUGAAAUAGACACUGGAGAAGAGGAUGACUUUUUGGGACUCCAAGGGACCAGUGAGGCCAAGCAGGCAGAUGCCAGCCCCAACUGCUUUGCAGAUUCGCCUAGCGAUGGAAGAGACCCUUUAAGAGAAGCGGCCUGUGCAGGUUCUCCUUCAUCCCCAGAAACCAGUCACAACUGUAGGCAAGACACUUUCCAUGCUGUAGCUGAAGGGAAAAAGGACAGUAGUCAAGAAGGGUGCAAGAUGGAAAACCACUUAUUUGCCCCAGAAAUUCAUUCUAAUCCAGGAGACACUGGUUACUGUCCCACACGUGAAACCAGCAUGUGACUAGUUCCAAAAGCAAUAAAAAAAACAUAUAUGAAAUACGUUUCUUAAAAAGGCCGUUCAAAAGAACUGUGAACUAAAAAAAAAUAAAAGGAAGCCUCUCCCCCGCAAAAAAAAAAGUGCAUAAAAUGUUAUUUUUGCAUGGCAUGAACAGUUUAGUCUAAGUACUGUUUAAAUAAAGUCAAGACUGCAUUUUGUAAACACACAAAAUGAGCAAA